AAGAAGACCAUCACCAACACAUCAUCAUCUUCCCACAAUAUCAUCUCCUCUUUUCCUCAACUUUUGUCCCUCUCCAUCCAUCCCUACCCCAAGCUCCUCCAUGGAAGAACCCUCCUCAUCACCACCUCAAAAUCUCAAAACCUAUCAAAUAACAGCUUCUUCGAUUUCAUAUACCAAAUCCAUCUCCACCACCAUUUCAUCGACAUUCCUCUUCAAACCCUGCACAACACCACCCAUCUACAUCCUCCGCGACGUCUCACUAAUCGCCAAUCCGUCUCAAAUCUUGGCCAUUGUUGGCCCUAGUGGUGCCGGAAAAUCCACAUUACUUGACAUUUUAGCAGCUAGAACUUCACCUACAAAUGGCACUCUUCUUCUCAAUUCUUCUCCCCUCAUCCCUUCCUUAUUCCGUAAGUUCUCAGCUUAUGUCCCUCAACAUGAUGCAUGCCUUCCACUUCUCACUGUCUCCGAAACCUUCGCUUUCGCUGCUUGCCUCUUAAACCCUAAAACCCCUGAUGUUUCCUCCAUUGUAGCAUCUCUUCUCUCUGAGCUAAGAUUAACCCACUUGGCACACACUAGGCUCGGUCAUGGCCUCUCAGGGGGUGAGCGUCGACGCAUUUCAAUAGGUCUAAGCCUCUUGAAUGACCCUGCUGUGUUACUUCUUGACGAGCCCACUUCAGGCCUUGACAGUUCUUCAGCCUUCAAUGUAAUGCAGACCCUCCGAUCAACGGCUGAAUCGCAUCAUCGCACAGUGGUUCUGUCUAUACACCAGCCUAGCUUCAAGAUCCUCUCCACCAUUGACAGAAUUCUCUUGCUGUCAAAAGGAACUGUUGUGCAUCACGGUACACUUUCUUCACUUGAAGCUUUUUUACUGUCCAAGGGCUUCACAGUCCCUUCACAGCUUAAUGCUUUGGAAUAUACCAUGGAAAUACUAAACCAGCUCAGUAAGAGUAAACCCAUUGGACCACAAUCACUUCCUUCACUACCCAACGAUUCUACAACUUCUCUUGCUGAUAGUGACAAAAGACAGAUCAAAUAUAAGAGCUCAAGGGUUCAUGAAAUUGUCACUCUGUACAACAGGUUUUGGAAGAUCAUCUACAGAACAAAACAGCUGCUACUGACAAACACAUUGCAAGCUCUUGGGGUGGGUCUGGUUUUAGGAACUAUAUACAUCAAUAUCGGUUUCGACAAGAAAGGGAUUGAGAAGAGACUAGGCCUCUUUGCCUUUACUCUCACCUUCCUUCUCUCCUCCACAACUGAAACUCUGCCCAUUUUCAUCAGUGAAAGGCCAGUUCUACUGAGAGAAACCUCAAGUGGGGUUUAUAGGAUAUCAUCAUAUCUUAUUGCCAACACACUUGUUUUCAUGCCAUACUUGCUGGCAAUUGCUGUUGUGUACUCAGUUUCGGUCUAUUUCUUGGUGGGUCUUUGUUGUACAUGGCAAGCUUUUGCAUACUUUGUUAUGGUUAUAUGGGUCAUAGUCUUAAUGGCCAAUUCAUUUGUUCUGUUCUUGAGCUCUCUGGCUCCAAAUUUCAUCGCUGGAACUUCACUGCUGACAAUCCUUCUCGGCUGCUUCUUUCUAUUCUCCGGCUACUUCAUAUCAACAGAUAGUUUGCCUAAGUACUGGUUGUUCAUGCACUACAUGUCUAUGUAUAAGUAUGCCCUCGAUGCCCUUCUCAUCAAUGAGUACUCUUGCCUUGUAUCGAAGUGUUUGAUAUGGUACGAAGAGAACAAGACAUGCAUGGUCACUGGAAGUGAUGUGUUGCAAAGGAGAGGGCUCAAUGAAAGGCAGAGGUGGACCAACUUCUAUAUCAUGAUUGGAUUCUUUGUGUUCUAUCGUGUGCUUUGGUUAAUGGUUUUGAUCAGAAGGGUUUCAAGGUCCAAGAAGUGAACCCAUUCUCAUAAUCAUCAAUUCGCACAUAUUGUAAGUUUGUAGCAAGGAAAUAUUUCACAAAUCCAGUAUGUGAUGGGUCACAGGUACUUCUGGUUUGGUCCAAAGUGAGUGAAUAAUCCGAAUAGAGCUCUUCUUGUUGUCGUUUUUACUGAAAAACUCCAAAACAAAAUAUGCUGAGAUUUGUUUGGUUUCGCUUUUGCUUUUUUAUUUGUUUAUUUAUUUUUUAUCGUUUGCUAUCUGAAUCAGUACUUUUUAUCUUCUUCA